AUGAGUAUCACGCGUUUACUCUUCGCGAUUUGCGGUGUUUCGCGCGGCGCGAGCGCUCUGUGGUCACACACCGCGCGCGCGCGAAAAUUGCAAGACGCGAGCGGGAGAAAGGAGGAAAGCAAUCGGAAAAGAGAGAAAUCCAUCAUCCAAAAAAAAAGGAAAAAUCCUUCGCGGAAAUCCGCGCGCGCUAAACUCCGGAAAGAAAGCAGUAAACGAUGA